GGUUUCCGGUCAGAUCUGCUUCCGGUCUUUUGGAUGCUGACGUUGUCUUCCUGUUGUCUGUGGCCCAGAGAGGCGUUUGGGGUACUCACGAUGAGGCCGCUAGCGUUUGUAGUGUUGGCUGUGUUAGCUGUCAGUCGAGCCGAAGAAGGAGCCAGGCUUUUGGCCUCCAAAUCGUUGCUGAACAGAUACGCUGUGGAAGGGCGGGACCUGACCUUGCAGUAUAACAUCUACAAUGUGGGCUCCAGUGCUGCAUUAGAUGUGGAAUUAUCUGACGAUUCCUUCCCCCCAGAAGACUUCGGCAUUGUCUCUGGUAUGCUCAACGUCAAGUGGGACCGAAUUGCCCCUGCUAGCAAUGUCUCCCACACAGUGGUCCUGCGUCCUCUCAAAGCUGGCUACUUCAACUUCACGUCAGCAACCAUUACCUACUUGGCCCAGGAGGACGGGCCUGUCGUGAUUGGCUCCACGAGUGCACCUGGACAGGGAGGAAUCCUCGCCCAGCGGGAGUUUGACCGGAGAUUCUCCCCCCAUUUUCUGGACUGGGCAGCCUUUGGAGUCAUGACCUUGCCUUCCAUAGGCAUCCCUCUGCUCCUGUGGUACUCCAGCAAGAGGAAGUACGAUACUCCCAAACCCAAGAAGAACUGAGUGCAGAGUCUCCUUGGCCCUUCUCCCCCACAAAUCCAGGUGUUUUCCAGACUCCAUAGGGUAUCAAAUGUGUUCUCUUGGCCCGUGGCCAUCUUUUCUUGGAUCCUACCCUGAACUCAACCAGAAUGCAGAGGGCAGGCCUGGGAGCUCGGGCGAGCCUCUCUGUCCUCACUGAAGCCAUACAAACAGGGCUGCCCUUAGCCGCAGCUUUGGGCUUGAGGAUCCCGCCAAGGUGCUGUUGGUAUGUCACUGACAAUGUGAACUUUGGGGGUCCAGGAGGGCCUCUUUGGACUCUGUCUGACACCCCCAUCCCCUGGCAGCUCCUCUCAAGAGGGUGGAAGAUUAAAUAAAAGCCGUGGGGCCUAAACAGGCUCUGCCUGCAUCAGGGGCACUUACCAAAUGGAUUUUCUAAUAAAAACAAAUACCACACCAA